UACAUACAGAGGCGGGCGGGGGGAGGAGGGAGGAAAGGGGAGGGAACCACCCCGUCCGAGCCGAGCCGAGCCGACUUUGGAUCCACCCACCUCCCCGACGACGAUCCGGUCGCGAAUCGGAGCUGCCGCCAGCUCCCCCCUCCCGCUGCUCCGCCCGCCGAACGGACCUGUUACUCCAACUCGGGAUCCCUGAGCUGGUCCGAUUGGCCCUGAUAGUACGCGCGCCGAAGCUCGAUCUCGCGCCGGGAGGCUGGCCGAUUGCUGAUUCGGGGCCGGAUUCGGGGUGCCGGGCGUGCGGGUGAGGCGGGCGGGAGCUAGGGUUCCGGCGGGUGCGAGAUGACGACCAGGCGGGUGAGGCGGCGCACGUGCAGGGACAAGGGGAAGGGGAAGGAGGUCGUGGAGGAGGGGCGGGCGGUGGAGGCGGGCUCAUCGCCGCCGCGGGACUGGGUGGCGGCGGGGGAUGGGGAUGGGGGCGGGGAGGCGGUGGCCGGCGAGGCCGUCGACUGGACGCUGCUUCCGGAUGACACGGUGCUGCAGCUGUUUGGCCGGCUGAGCUACCGCGACCGCGCCAGCCUGGGGGCGACCUGCCAGACGUGGAGGGGGCUCGGGUCGUCGCCGUGCCUGUGGAGCACGCUCGACCUACGCGCGCACCGUUGCGACGCCGAGGUCGCCUCGUCGCUGGCCUCGCGGUGCGGGGGCCUGCAGCGGCUGCGGCUGAGGGGCCAUGAGGCGGCCGCGGCGGUGGCCUCCGCCCUCCGCGCCCGCGACCUCCGGGAGGUGGUGGCCGAAGGCUGCCGGGGACUCACUGACGCCACUCUUGCAGUCCUCGCCGCUCGACACGAGGCGCUGGAGAGCCUCCAGAUCGGUCCGGACCCCCUUGAGCGCAUCUCCAGCGACGCCCUCCGCCAUGUCGCUCUUUGCUGUUCGCGCCUCCGUCGCCUCCACCUCUCAGGUCUCCGUGAAGCUGACUCUGAUGCCAUUGGAGCGCUGGCGCGCUACUGCCCCCUCCUUGAGGACGUUGCGUUCCUCGACUGCGGCACCGUAGACGAGGCUGCCCUUGGUGACAUCCACUCCCUUCGAUUCCUCUCUGUAGCUGGAUGCUACAGCGUGAAAUGGGCUACAGCAUCCGCCUCAUGGGCCCAACUUCCCUUGCUAGUCGCCGUUGACGUCUCCCGCACCGAUGCCUCUCCAAAUGCCGUUGCUCGUCUAAUCUCCCACUCCAAAACCCUCGAGCUUAUAUGCGCCCUUAACUGCAAAUUCGUCGAAGAGGAACAAGCACACAGUCCCACUGCAUUUAGCAACUCCAAGGGCAAGCUUGUGCUUACCAUUACAUGCCCCAUUUUUAAAUCACUCGCUUCACUGUUUCCUGGCAAGGCUGUGGAGGAGCACGGUGUGUUCAAUGAGUGUAAUUGGAGGAACAAAAGGAAAAUACUUGGUGUCAUGAUGAACUGGCUGGAGUGGAUCCUAUCACACUCGCUUCUACGGAUUUCAGAGUGCAAUCCAUAUGGCAUGGAUGACUUCUGGUUGCAGCAGGGCACAUCAAUGCUGCUGAGCCUGGUGAAGAGCUCACAGGAGUCUGUGCAGGAGCGUGCAGCUACAACAAUUGCUAUAUUUGUGGUUAUUGAUGAUGAAACUGCGAAUGUGGAUGCUGCAAGGUCGGAGGCGGUAAUGCGGGAUGGAGGCAUUCCACUUCUGCUCGACCUUGCAAGGUGCUCAAGGGUGAGUGCACAGUCUGAAGCAGCAAAGGCUAUUGCGAACCUAUCGGUGAAUGCGAAGGUUGCAAAGGUGGUUGUAGAUGAAGGAGGCAUCGCCAUUUUCACUAAUUUGGCUAAGUCGACGAAUCGACUUGUUGCUGAAGAAGCUGCCGGUGGCCUUUGGAAUCUCUCCGUGGGUGAGGAGCACAAGGCGGCUAUUGCGGCAGCUGGUGGCAUAAAGGCUUUGGUUGAUAUUAUAUUUCGUUGGCCUGCUGGGACUGAUGGAGUUCUUGAACGUGCUGCUGGUGCGCUUGCAAACCUAGCUGCUGAUGACAAGUGCAGCUUGGAAGUUGCAAAAGCUGGUGGUGUCCAUGCUUUGGUUACACUUGCUCGAUCAUGUAAACUUGAAGGCGUCCUAGAACAGGCGGCAAGGGCUCUAGCCAACUUAGCUGCACAUGGAGAUAACAACAACAAUAAUGCGGCUGUAGGUCAGGAAGCAGGGGCUCUUGAGGCAUUAGUGCAACUAACAUGUUCUCAAAACGAGGGUGUAAGGCAAGAGGCUGCUGGUGCUUUGUGGAACCUAUCAUUUGAUGAUAGGAAUCGUGAAGCUAUUGCUGCUGCAGGGGGCGUUGAAGCAUUGGUUUCACUUGCACAACAAUGUCUGAAUGCUUCGGAAGGCCUUCAGGAGAGAGCUGCUGGCGCAUUAUGGGGACUAUCUGUUUCAGAAUCGAACAGCAUCGCAAUUGGACAGGAGGGUGGCGUUGCACCAUUGCUUACAAUGGCACAGUCAGAGGUUGAAGAUGUUCAUGAGACAGCUGCAGGGGCAUUGUGGAAUCUUGCUUUCUAUUCCAGCAAUGCUCAGCGUAUAGUUGAAGAAGGUGGGGUGCCUAUCCUUGUGCACCUUUGCUCAUCAUCAGGGUCAAAGAUGGCUCGGUUCAUGUCUGCGCUAGCCCUUGCCUACAUGUUUGAUGGAAGAAUGGAUGAGGCCGCCAUUGUUGGGACAUCAGAGGGCAGUUCCAAAGGUGUUAAUGUCGAGGGAGCUAGAAGAAUGGCUUUGAAGCAUAUAGAGACCUUUGUGUUGACUUUUUCAGAUCCACAGGUGUUCUCUACGGCUGCAGCUUCCUCAGCACCAGCAGCGCUAUCUCAGGUUGCCGAAGCAGUGUUCAUACAAGAAGCUGGACAUCUGAGAUGCAGUUGUGCUGAGAUUGGUAGAUUUAUUGCCAUGCUUCGCAAUCCUACGCCAGUUCUUCGUGCGUGUGCUGCAUUUGCCCUUCUUCAGUUCUCAAUCCCAGGAGGUCGACAUGCAAUACACCAUGCGGACCUUCUGCAAAAUGUAGGAGCAGCUCGGGUCCUGCGUGCAGCGGCGGCAGCAACAUCAGCUUCCAUUGAGGCCAAAGUGUUUGCCAAAAUUGUCCUUCGGAAUCUGGAACACCAUCAGGCAGGGACGACUUCAACCUGAAAGAACAAUGGCAAGCACAAGUGCUGCUAAUUCUCCAAGAGGGUAUGACUUCUAACCCUUGCCCCGGAAUGGAUGCAAACUCGCGGUUAAGUUGUUUCCGUCAUUUGAAGCUGCUGCUCAAGGAGAACUGUCAGACGAGAUGAAUGAACAUUCAAGCGAUGGUCCGCAGCUGUUGAGUGUGUGCAAUAUUCCUGUUGUCUGUCUGAUGUCUAAAAGUAACUUAUAAGUGUUAGCGUUAGCAUCGGCAGGAUAUAGAGAACUUUUAUGGUAUAUAGGAAGUUAAGAGUGUUUGUUAUCUGUUGGUUUAAUUUAACAAGGUGAACCGCAGCGAGUGCCAUUGUUAGGCUGUUCCACCUGUCGCAUACAUGUAAAACUUUAUAGAUGUAUACUGCUUUGUUAUAUGAAUCGUCCUGUGGAUA